AUGACGUCUGCUUGUUCUCCUUCGUGCGGCGUUGGUGGGAAUGGCGGAGCAACCUCUGCGUCAUUUGAGGAUGAACUUGGAAUCUACGCGGAGAUUUCUAGCUCUGCUUCCUGGUCUACGCCUACUCCUAGUUCUCCGCCGUUAGAAGAACAUCCUUACGAUGAAAGUGAGGCUGAUUCGGCUGCCAAGGCGCUGCUAGAUGAAACGGCUUUGGUAGACAGUGACGAUGAAAAUGACGUUCCUACCUCCAAUUUGGCAUUGGAACUCUCGCAAGACAGCGGUGAAGGAUGCACCACAGUACUGGCGCCUUCGUGUCCUACAUUGGAAGGACUCUUAUGUGGGGGAAACUAUGGAAUGGACGACGCGGCUUCUACUUCCUUACCGCUGCAACGACACGUACAUCACCACGUGCAUCGACACGCACUCGAAUGGCUAGAUGACGAAGAAGCAGUCGACGAAAUGCCACCGUUGCCCCUCUUUUUCACUACCCGCUUCAAGACACUAGAUGCCGAACGCUCUGCUCAGCCUCCAGGCACUAGUACUACCAUUACGGGCGAUCCACACAACACCACCGUCACUGAUCCAUGCUACUCGGAUUGGUACGACAUGUUUGCAUGGUUGACACUCGGAGGCUCCAAUUCAAACAACGCUACUGCCUCCAAUGCGCCACAACAUUUAUUUCUCCCAUGGAAUGGUCACCUCAGUCUAGGACCGGAACAUCCAUCCUUGGCCAGACGAAUACGCCGCAAACGAAGACACAAUAUUGCUACCAUUAUGCCAAAACAAAAAGCUUCUUCUUCAUUAUUCCAUCCAAUACAUCAGCAACAACAACAACAAGACAAUUCACAACAACCACCACAACAAAUACCACGCAUUCUACGACCACUGCCCAUUAUCCCGGUCAAUCAACCCGGACACGAAGACUGGGAAAUGAUCUUUCUUUCGUGCUGGUACGCCUCUCAUCAGUUUUCCUCUCUUGCCAUUUAUGUACAGAACGACGACCAGUCACCAUCGAGCGACGCCAAAGGAAAACACGGCAUCCGCCGUCCCCCGACGGCAACCACUUCCAUGUCUAUUCCCCAGGGUGUUUCUCCUUCCAAUAAGAAAGAUACGCACUCGGGAAAACACUCCAAAAAGGGUGCUGCAGGAAUGGAUUUGGAUACUAUUGCGGUGCGCACGCCGGGGGCCGAUAGGUCUGCCUUGAAGGAAUUACCAGCUCUUCGAGAUGCUCCACCUACCAAGCGCGAAGAACUCUUCAUUCUCAAACUCAAGCUAUGCUCGGUUAUCUUUUCGUUUGAUGACCCAACCGCCGACAAGCGUGGAAAGGAUAUGAAGAGACAGACCCUCCUCGAACUCGUCGAUUAUGUCAAUACGCCCGCUGGGCAAAAGAUCUUUACCGAAUCGGUCAUGUCGGAUCUUAUGGCCAUGGUGUCGGCCAAUGUCUGUCGUGCCUUGCCUCCUGCCACGGAUGACUUUGAUCCAGAGGAAGAUGAACCUGUUCUGGAACCCGCUUGGCCUCAUCUUCAGGUGGCAUACGAAUUCUUUCUCCGAUUCAUUGUCAGUUCGGAAGUCAACGCCAAGGCCGCCAAGAAGUACGUCGACCAAAAGUUCUGCCUCCAGCUUGUGGAAUUGUUCGACAGUGAAGAUCCUCGUGAGCGUGAUUACCUCAAGACGAUUCUUCACCGUAUCUACGGAAAGUUCAUGUCGCACCGCUCCUUUAUCCGUCGUGCCAUCUCCAACGUCUUUUACCGCUUUGUCUACGAAACCGAGCGCCACAAUGGAAUUGGAGAGUUACUCGAGAUUUUGGGAUCCAUUAUUAAUGGAUUCGCCAUUCCUCUGAAGAAGGAGCACUUGCAGUUCUUGGUCCGGGCCUUGAUCCCUCUUCACAAACCCAAGUGCGUGGCUCUCUACCACCAGCAGCUCUCGUACUGUAUCAUUCAGUAUGUCGAGAAGGAUGCCGACACGGCCACUCCCAUACUCAAUGGCUUCUUCAAGUGCUGGCCCUGGAGCAGCUCGGCCAAGCAGGUCAUGUUCCUCAAUGAGCUCGAAGAGAUUCUCGAGUUGUUGGGUGCCGACCAGUUGGCUCAAGUCUCUACCAUGCUCUUUACCAACCUUGCUCGUUGCUUGGAUUCGGAUCACUUCCAGGUCGUGGAGCGUGCUCUCUUCUUGUGGAACAAUGAGCAUUUGGUCAACUCGGGAUGCUUGAGCCGCCUCAACGCUCAGACGGUUCUUCCCAUUAUCUACCGUCCCCUCUACAAGAACUCGGCUGGGCAUUGGAACGCCACUGUUGAGGGUCUUGCUCAGAACGUCUUGAAGAUGUACAUGGAGUACGAUCUUGUCUUGUACGACAAGUGCGCCAAGGCUUACUACCGCGAAGAAGAGGAGGCCAAGCGAAAGCUCGAGGCCCUUGAAGCCCAGUGGUCUGCUGUCGAGCAGACUGCCGCUGCCAACAUGCCGGCUCUCAUGGCCAAGUAG